UCGUCUCGCCCGCCCCGGAGCUGGCACCAUGACCUUGACCAAGGGCUCCUUCACCUACUCCAGCGGGGAGGAGUACUGCGGGGAGUGGAAGGAAGGCCGCAGGCACGGCGUUGGCCAGCUAACGUUUGCGGAUGGCAGCACCUACCUGGGUCACUUUGAGAAUGGGCUGUUCCAUGGCUGCGGAGUGCUCACCUUCUCCGAUGGCUCCAGGUACGAGGGGGAGUUUGUGCAGGGGAAGUUCAAUGGCGUCGGAGUUUUCACGCGCUACGACUCGAUGACCUUCGAGGGCGAGUUCAAGAGCGGGCGUGUGGACGGCUUCGGGCUCCUGACCUUCCCCGACGGCUCCCAUGGGGUGCCCCGCAGCGAAGGCUUCUUUGAGAACAACAAGCUGCUGCGGCGGGAGAAGUGCCCGGCCGUGAUCCAGAGAGCUCAAGGUGCCUCCAAGUCCGCACACAACCUCCCAGCGUGACCGUGCCGCCACGGGACUCCACUGCCGCUGGCCGGCCUGGCCUCCAAGAGCCUGCGGGGCAGGAGCUGUGGUGCCCAGCCAGGCCGGGUAGGGGUGUUGGCAGAGCCAUGGCUGGCUGCGUCCCUCCUGCUGGCUACAGCACUUCCUCCGAGUGCCCGGGUCCUGGGGGCUCUGAGUGCUGCCCCCCUCCCCCCAGGGGGAGACACGAGACCCCCUUCCCUGGGGCUCUGCUCACUGCCUUGGGGCCCUCCAUACAGACACCUGGGCCCAGCCCCCAUGGCCAGCCCUGCUGCUGGGCUGUGUGGGGCAGUGGAGGGGGCAAUCUGCCAGGGCCUUGGGGCCCGUGGUUAGCAGGGGAUGCAGCUGGGAGCUGCUGCACCUGCUUCCCCAAAGCCAGGCCUGACGGGCAGGGGGUAGUGCCUAGUCGGUGCCCCCAAGCUCAGCGGAAAUAGUGCCCCUCCCCAGCAGGGUGCUGACACAGGCCUGACUUCGCUAGUGGGAUGUGGCCGUGGCAGGGAGCUGGUAUCUCCCUGCCCCUUGUUCUGAUGCUGGGGGCAGGGCAAGGCCCCCCCUUCCCUUGCUCUGGGUGUCCUGGCCCCAUGGUCCGUGCCUCCCCCUCAGCUCUCCCAGGGGCACCUGGCCUGAGCAGGCCCACGGCUCCUCUCAGCCGUGCCCUGGGCAGCGAGACUUGGGGGGGCUGUCCAGUCACUAUUGCCUGUCAGUGCCUUGGCACAGGGUCGGGCCAGGGCUGUGAGCGCUGAAGGGCUCCAGGGGGUGCUGUGAGUCUGCACCGCCUGGGCUGUGCUGUCCGCGCUCACGCUGUCCCUUCGACCGUCUCCCUUCAGCCCUAGUGAGCACUGGGGCCUGCUGCAGCCUGGCGAGUGCCGGUGUCUGGGGGGCUGCAGGGCAGGGGCAGGGCUGGGCUGCAGCCUUGGAGGGCUAGAAGAGCAGGGGCUGAGGGACAUCAGCAGUGUGAGGUGGGGGGAGCCAGGGCUGGGCUCAUGUGGCAGCGGGCAGGAUGGGGGGCACCAGCGGAGCUGCACACGGGACUCCCCCCUUCCCCACUACUGCUUGUCUCUGGUGUCGGUUCUCUGCUGGGAGCAGUAGCCGUCACUCCUGAUGCCGGUGCAGGGAGCCCGGGGCCUGGCCCGGCUGGGGGGGUGUGAACAGCCCUGGCUGCGCUGCUGCUGCCCUCGUGCCUUGCUGUGUCCUCCCCCGCGCCGCCCCCGCGGGGCCUCGGCAAAUAAACCGC